AUGAUCAAAAUUCAGCAAAAUCAAUGCUUAUAUAGAUACAAAUGAAUUCUAGCAUUGAGCUCAACAUCUAUACUAUAUACCAAAGCCAAGAAAAAAAUUGUAAUAUUUCAUUAUAAUUUAAAAAAAUUUUGAAUUACUGCUUAUUGAAGGAGGUUUCAAAAUGGUAAUAAAAAUUUUUAUCUUUCCAUACAAAAACUAAAUUCUGAGAUCAUAUAA